AUGAGUUACCCUGGCUAUCCCCCAGCAGGUGGAUAUCCACCAGCAGCCCCAGGUAGCAGUCCUUGGGGUGGUGCUGCCUAUCCACCUUCAAAUCCACCUCCAAUUGGUCUAGAAAAUGUGGCUGGCUAUGCCAGUCAGUUCAAUCCCAACUACAUGGCUGGAAUGGCAUCCAACCUGGCAGGGACCUUUGGAGGGACAAACGUACCACAAGGCAUAUAUCCUUCAACACCUGGGGGUUAUCCCCCAGUCCCUCCAGGUGGCUUUGGGCAACCUCCAUCAGGACAACAGCCCUCUUACGGAGGGUAUCCUCCACCUGGAGGAAGUGGUGCUGUGCCAGGCCAGCCCACACCACCGCCUGGUCAGCAGCCUAUGGGCUAUCCAGGACAACCACCAGCAACUUACCCAGGGCAGCAGCCUAUGCCAAAUUAUCCACCAGGCCCAGCUGUGAAUCCUUCUAUGCCCUCUUACCCAGGAACUACAGGACCUACAAUCUCUCCUGUAACACAUGGAAACCGAGGCACGAUCACUGAUGCACCGGGAUUUGACCCUCUGAAGGAUGCAGAAGUCUUAAGGAAGGCCAUGAAGGGAUUCGGAACCGAUGAACAGGCUAUUAUCGAUUGUCUUGGAAGUCGUUCAAACAAGCAACGGCAGCAGAUCAUCCUGUCCUUCAAAACAGCUUAUGGAAAGGAUUUGAUCAAGGAUCUCAAGUCUGAGCUAUCAGGUAACUUUGAGAGGACAAUCUUAGCAAUGAUGAAGACACCUGUCAUGUUUGAUGCUUAUGAAAUCAAGGAAGCUAUAAAGGGCGUUGGCACAGAUGAAAAUUGUCUCAUUGAAAUCUUAGCUUCUCGCAGUAAUGAGCAUAUUCAGGAACUGAACAGGGUCUAUAAAACAGAAUUUAAGAAAACUCUGGAGGAAGCAAUAAAAAGUGACACGUCUGGGCACUUUCAGAGGCUUUUAAUUUCACUUUCUCAGGGAAACAGAGAUGAAAGUACAACUGUUGACAUGUCUCUUGUCCAAAAAGAUGUGCAGGAGCUAUAUGCAGCUGGAGAGAACCGUCUAGGAACUGAUGAGUCCAAAUUUAAUGCCAUUCUGUGCGCAAGAAGCAGGGCCCACCUCAGAGCAGUCUUCAGCGAGUACCAGAGGAUGUGUAACCGGGACAUUGAAAAAAGCAUAUGUCGUGAAAUGUCUGGAGACCUGGAAAAGGGCAUGCUGGCAGUAGUUAAGUGCCUCAAGAACACGCCGGCUUUUUUUGCAGAGAGAUUACAGAAGGCUAUGAAGGGAGCGGGAACAAAAGACAGAACUCUGAUUCGCAUCAUGGUAUCACGCAGUGAGGUUGACCUGCUGGACAUACGUGCAGAAUACAAGCGGAUGUAUGGCAGAUCCCUCUACACAGAUAUCACUGGUGAUACUUCAGGAGACUACCGGAAAAUCCUACUCAAGUUGUGUGGUGGAAAUGACUAAAUGGAGCAUUGAGUUUUUCUUAAA